UUCUUGAAUGUCGGCGGGUCUAGAGCUUAUAGCUGUGACUUGUGACUCUGUUUCACCUAUCCGACCGGAAUCAGCAUCAUAUCUAUGUCAUUUUGGAUUUCUCGUCGUUUCUUCCCGCUCUCACCAUGAUUCUCACCCCAGGGAUCCGUUUUCUCGCAGCUGCGUUUCUUCCUGUCGCAUUGAUUGCCGGUUUCGCGGCCUUUCUGCAGCACUGGGGUCUUCUGUUGAACCCAAAGAACUGGGAUGCUUCGCCUUGGAUUGUAUUUCUCACCGCCAUUGCAACUUCCCUCGUGUACUUUGUCUUGCGUAUUUUUUACAUGGACCGCCUUCAUAAAGAAGCAGCAAAAGCUAUUGGUGCCCGUACCAUGACCCGAGUUAAAGCUGACGGCUACCCCAGCGAUGGUCUAGGAGAAAUGACGGACAUAUACGGGCCUUUCUUUAACCUACCUCUUCUAUGGUCUGACAUGAUCUUUACGACGUCGCCGAAGCAUAUCCAGAUUGUUCUUGCCACUGAGUUCCAGAAUUUUGAGAAAGGUGAACGGUUCCAAAAUAGCAUGAAAUCUGUCCUCGGCUUGGGGGUAUUCAAUGCCGACGUCCAACUUAAUUAUUAUAGAUUUCAUCGAUCUAUGACCAAACCCUUUUUCACUCGGGACAGGAUCAUCCAUUUCGAUUUGUACGACCGACACGCAGAGACAGCAAUUACUCAAAUGAAACAAAGACUUCGAAGUGGCUAUCCCGUUGAUUUCCAGGAUCUGAUGUGCCGCUUUACUAUGGACUCUGCAACCGAGUUCCUCUUCGGCUCAUGCGUUGACACUCUUACAGCCACGUUACCUUAUCUACAAAGCAUAUCGAUUAUCCCUGCAGAAUCUAACGAUGCCGAUUCUCUUGAAGCAAAUAAAUUUUCUGAGGCGUUUUUCGAGGCACAGAAAGUUCUAUCUGGUCGCUUGCGUAAAGGGUGGAUUUGGCCUCUUUUCGAGAUCAGGAAGGACAUGACGGAGGCCCCAAUGAAGGUUGUGCGAGGCUUCGUCGAGCCUAUCAUCCAAGCGGCACUCGAGAGGAAGAAAGCGUCCGAUUCUAUGGAUAAGAAGUCAGAACCCAAUGUCGUUGGCGACGACGAAACAUUGCUGGACCAUCUGAUCGGCAUGAUAUCUGCCGGACGCGACACUACCGCAGCGACACUGACUUUCGUUGUCUACCUCUUGUCCACGUACCCAGACGUUUGCUCGCGUCUCCGACAUGAAAUUCUUACCAGGGUUGGAACCACCCGCGCACCUACUUUCGAGGAUAUCAAGGAAAUGAAGUACUUAAGGGCAGUAAUCAACGAGACGCUGAGGUUGUACCCCGCCGUGUACGUGUCCACGGUUUGUAUGCCCAUAUACAUCCUGAUAGCCCUUACGUAGUCCCUUCAACGUCAGGUAGGACAGACAUAUACUCUCACUUUUUUUCAGGCUAAACACUCACUAGAGAAUCCAUAAGUGCUACAACCUUCCCCUCCGAGGAUCCUUCGGAAAAGCCAUU